AUAUCCCAAUUCAAUUGAUUAGUUCCAAUCACAAGAGAGAAGCUCUUUGCAUCUCUAAACGACGGUGGAAUCUCAUUUCUGCGUCUGCGCCUGGUCAUUCGGAAUAACUUCUUCGUCGCGUAUCGAGAGCAUUAGGAUGCAAGCCGUAAGGUCUCUGUUCAUCCCCAAGUGGUCGUCCGACGUGCGUCUGGACGGAAAAACGGCCAUCGUAACCGGCGCCAACACGGGAAUAGGCAAAGAGACGGCAAAAGAUCUGGCGGCCAGAGGCAAGACGGACAAAUCGACGGCGUCUUCCCCGUUGGGCUUCCCGAUGAAGCCGCCGCAGUCUGAACCUCCUCAUCUUCUCCAUUGCAAUCCGUUUGCAGGCGCGAGGGUGAUUCUGGCCUGCAGGGACGUGGCCAAGGGAGAGCAGGCGGCCCGCGAAAUCAUGAGGGAGGUAUCGUGCGCCAAAGUCGUCGCCAGGCACCUGGAUCUGGCCGACACCAAGUCCAUCGGCCAGUUUGCAGAGAACAUCUACAGCACCGAGAAGGCUCUGCACUACCUGAUCAACAACGCCGGCGUGGCUCUUUGCGCUUUCGCCACCACCGUGGACGGAUUCGAGAUGCAGUUUGGAGUCAAUCACUUGGGUCAUUUUUUCCUAACUUUCCUGCUGCUGGACUUGCUCAAGCACUCGGCGCCUUCCCGGGUCAUCACCCUUUCGUCCACGGCUCACAUCAUGGGGAGGAUCCAGUUUGACGACCUGGCCGUGGAGAACAACUACCACCCGGCGCGGGCUUAUGCACAGAGCAAGUUGGCUAACGUUCUCUUUACCAGAGAGCUGGCCAAGAGGACUGAGGCAUUAGGGGUGACGGCUUACUCGGUGGACCCCGGCGCUGUCAACACCGAGAUAACCAGGCACAUGGGGUGGCCCAUGGCAGACAUCAUCCGAAUGUCUUCCGGUCUGCUCAAGACUUCGGCAGAGGGGGCCUACACCACUAUCUACUGCGUGGUCACUCCUGAGAAUGAAUUGACGAAUGGAGGGCACUACAAGGACUGUGCCUAUUCCAAGGGCUGCAGGGCCGGGCGCGACGACGGCACGGCUUUAAAACUGUGGGCUGCCAGCUGCCACUUGCUGGGCAUCCGUUGGAGAUCGACGAUGUUGAUGAUGAUGAUGAUGAUGAUGAUGAUGGUGUCGCAAACUGCACGAAGACCGAUUGCUCAUUUCUGUCUUGAGUUGCGCCAAUUUGUAUCUCGUGAGGGGGGGAUUCGUCGCUUUGGAGGAAUGAUGAGCUGCAGAGCUGUGUGCUGUCACCGCUGGUCAUCCGAGGAGAGGCUGGACAACAAAACGGUCGUCAUCACCGGAGCCAACACCGGCAUAGGCAAGGAAACGGCCCGAGACCUGGCCGCCAGAGGUGCCCGCAUCAUCAUGGCAUGCCGGGACCUGGAAAGAGCAGAGGAGGCCAGAUCGGAGAUUGUGGAAGACACGGCGAAUGACAACGUGGUUGUCAGGAAACUGGAUCUUUCGGACAGCAGGUCCAUUCGAGCCUUUGCUGAGCUCAUCCUCAAAGAGGAGAAACAAGUCAACAUUUUGAUCAACAACGCGGGCAUCAUGAUGUGUCCGUACUCCAAGACCGCUGACGGCUUUGAAAUGCAAUUCGGAGUCAAUCAUUUGGGUCACUUCCUCUUGACCUACCUGCUGCUGGACCUGAUCAAGUUUUCCGCUCCGGCUCGCAUCGUUGUGGUGGCGUCGGUGGCUCACACCUGGACCGGCCUUCGACUGGAUGACCUGAACAGCGAGAGCAGCUAUGACACCGUGAAGGCUUACGGGCAGAGCAAACUGGCUAAUGUCCUCUUUGCACGGGCCCUCGCCAAAAAGUUGAAAGGAACAGGGGUAAGCGUGUUCUCCCUACACCCCGGCGUGGUGCAGUCGGACCUGUGGCGGCACCAGCACCACUGUAUCCAGGUGGCCGUGAAGAUCUUCAGCAUCUUCACAAAGACAACGGUGGAAGGCGCUCAGACCACCCUCUACUGCGCCGUGCAGCCCGGUCUGGAAAGUCAGAGCGGAGGCUACUUCAGUGACUGUGCCCCUGCAAGGUGCUCCAGAAGUGCCUCGGAUGACGAUUUGGCGCGGGAGCUGUGGCAGAGCAGCUGCAACAUGCUUGGCAUCACCUGGCAGUGAAUAAUGAAGAAUCCAAGGAAGGACUUUGUAUCAUGUUAAGUGCGAAAAGGCAUCAUUCUUAAAGCACUUUUGUUCGGGGCAUUAACAUUGCUGGACAGUUGUGUCUUCACCAAUUCAUUUUAUAAAACAUCACAAGUGGUCAAGAUUUGGUGGAUAUUUCUUUUUCAAAUAGCAAGAUUUAGAACACAACGCAUGCACUUGACCUCAAUGCGUCACUGUUGAGUAUUUGUAGGGGUGAACAAUAGCUGGAGAAGGAAAAACUUAAGUUCUAAUCUAAAUCACAUGAGACACCAUGAACACUCUUGGAAUGUGGUAUUGGCCAAUGGACUUGCUACGGCGCAGGAAUUAUUUAAAAUGAACCACAUUUGGAUGACAAUUGCAGGACAACAUAAAAAAAAUGAUGUAAGAUUGAAAGGAGUUAAAAAGGAGAGCCAGAAUCCAUGUAUCCAUCCAUUUUCUAAAAUGUUUUCUCCUUCACCAGUCUUUCGAAAGGCACACUUUGACAAAUAACCAUUCACAUUCCCAAUUAAACCUAUGGCAAAAUAUAAAAUACAACUCGGUAACAAACUGAUGUUCAAAAGAACUGACUGAAAAGAAGAACAAUGCACGUAUCAACACGAAUUUGCUUGGGAUGAAUCGCUCCCAGCCGCUAGACGGCAGACUAAGCAACAAUUCACACUAAAGCGACCAACGAGAAAGAAUUGUUGCGCAUGCGCGUGCAAAGUAAACGUCAGCUCUUCUAACCUAUCCCCAGAGCGACGUGGCUUCGUUCCUCUCGGCUCUUCUCGUCAAACACUGCGUUGGACAA